GGAUGAACUGUCGAAUAGCCCUGAAAUUGAUUGUCUGCCAUUAAAAUUAGCUGUCAAUGUAAAAUCAUCAAAAAAUCUUUUUAUAAAGCAAAUUUCUAGUAAAAUUAAAAUGAAUUCAUCCAAAACUCUUCACAACCUUAUUUUGCGACAUUUGUUAACCCAAAUUAGAUAUUGCCAUGCAGAAAAAGGCGAAAGAACUUUCAUAAUGGUCAAACCAGAUGGCGUUCAACGCGGAUUAGUCGGAAAAAUCAUCGAACGUUUCGAACGUAAAGGCUUCCAACUUGUCGCUUUGAAAAUGAUGUGCGCAGGCGAAGAUCUCCUGCGUAAACACUACAAAAACAUCGAAGAUAAACCCUUCUUUGACAGUAUAGUAAAAUACAUGAGCAGCGGACCCGUAGUACCAAUGGUAUGGCAAGGCCACGGCGUAGUAAAAGCAGGUCGCACAUUAUUAGGACAAACAGAUCCUGCCGCAAGUGCACCAGGCACCGUCCGAGGAGAUUUCGCAGUAAACAUAUCACGAAAUGUCUGCCAUGGUUCAGACUCACCGGAAACCGCCCAACGCGAAAUCAAACUCUGGUUCAAAGACGGCACAUUAGAUUGGAACUCAGCACAAACAAAAUGGCUACUAGGAAAAUAACACAAAAUUUAAUUCAGUAUAAAUAUAACGUGUAAGUAUAAACAUUAUAGGAAUGCUUGCCAUCCAUAAAACAAUUUCGAAAGAUUCGACGGUUCCCUCGCUUGUUGAAUCAAUCUAUCAACUUGUGUUUCGACAUUUGUGUUGUUACCUGACUCAACACCAAUGAGUUUGUGUUUUAACCUCACAAGCGCACGCUCGGCGGACACAUUCAUCUGGACAUCAUCUGUAAACAACAUAACCAAACUUUUUAGUACAAUAUUAUAAAAAUAUACGAUUUAUUACC